AUGCCUGAACUCUCUAAAUCUGCUCCAGCUCCUAAAAAGGGUUCCAAGGCCAUCACUAAGGCACGCAAGAAAGAUGGUAAGAAGCGUAUACGCAACCGCAAAAAGAGCUAUUCUAUUUACGUGUACAAGGUGCUGAAGCAAGUCCAUCCCAACACAAACAUCUAAAGCUAUGGGAUCAUGAGUUCAUUUGUUAAUGACAUUUUCGAGCGAAUGGGAGGGGGGGCAUCUCUCCUGGUGUACAACAAGCGCUCUACCAUCACCUCCAGGGAGAUCAAAAGGGCUGUGCGUUUGCUGUUGCCAGGGGAACUGGCGAAGCACGCCGUGUCUGAGGGCACCAAGGCUGUCACCAAGUAUACCAGCUCCAAUUUCUCCUUUAAACAA